UCUUGUAUACCAACAUAUUUUUUUCUUUGUGGUAUAAAUUCAUUCGUGUUUUUUGAAUGAGUUUUAUCAAAACAGUUUCACAAUAAUUUUUCAAUGCUUAGUAAUUUUUUUUAGCGAUCAAAUAAAAACAAUGGAUAUUUUAAAGGCAGAAAUCGCUCGCAAGCGAAAACUUUUAGAAGAGAAAAAACUAGUUGGUGAAAAUAAAAAGUUCUUUAAACGUGGAGAUCUGAUUACACAAGAGCAAAACGAAUACCGGGAAAAAUACGGACAGCAGGCAAGUGGAAGUGGUGAAACAGCAACAAGUUCAAAUGAUGGAGAAAAAUCACCAACAAAAGAUUCAAAGUACGACUUCCGCAAUUUGCCCCGAACGGAAGUUAUUCGUAAAUUGAGAGAACGAGGAGAACCAAUAUUAUUAUUCGGAGAAAACGAGGCGGAUUCCUGUCACCGAUUACAUCAGCUUGAGAUCUCCGCGCCAGAAAUAAAUCGUGGAUUCCGGAAUGAUUUCCAAGAGGCAAUGGAACAAGUAGAUGAAGAAUUUUUAAAUGAAAUACUAACUUUGAAUGGUCAGUUGGGAGGAGCGUCUAAAGGCAAAAACUCGGAUGAGGAUUUCGCAAUAGACGACUCGGUAACCUACGAAUCGAUUCAGGAGAUGGCGGUCCGACUAGGUAGAAGUGGCAAAGAACAUGACAUGCACGUCAUCACCACCGUAAUUCAGUUCAUGUUGAAAUUGUGGAACGACAAUUUGAACUCUGGGACUACCGCAGAACGGACUGCCACAAAGUGGAAAAUUGCUCGGGCAACAUUCGAACAAACACGGCUAUAUUUGAAGCCACUGUUGAGGAAGCUUCGCAAUAAAAGUAUUACCGAUGACAUUCUGGACAGCUUAACCGAUAUUACGAAAAGUUUGCUUCGGCGGGACUACAUUCAUGCGAGUGAUGCUUACCUGACGAUGGCCAUUGGUAAUGCUCCCUGGCCGAUUGGAGUCACUAUGGUUGGUAUCCACGCGCGUACCGGUCGAGAAAAGAUUUUUUCCAAAAACGUUGCCCAUGUGAUGAACGACGAGACGCAGCGAAAGUACAUUCAGGGACUGAAACGGCUAAUGACCAAGAUGCAGGAAUACUUUCCGACGGAUCCAUCCCGGUGUGUGGAAUAUGUCAGUAAAAAGGAUGCUGUUUAAAAAGCAGAAAGGAUGCAUUUUCGAAUAUCUAUAUUUAUAUCAUUUACUUGGCAAAAAUGUUCAAGAAACGAAAUUUGUAUUUGUUCAAUUAUUGAAAAGGUUAUAGCAAAACAGUUUUUUUAAACUUCAAUAAUUCCGACAAACGUGUCUAUAUUAGUAAUUAUUUGUCCGAUGAACUAAGCUAAACAGAGGUCAAUAAACAAAUGUCAAUUCGAAGGGCCACUACAACCAAAAUAAAAACAAUCUCUAUUUGAAGAACUUUCAA